CCCCUCGGCUCCGGUCCGCUGCCGCCCCCACAGCCGGCCAUGCCCCGCCUGCAGCUCGCCGCGGCCCUGCUGCUGCUCUGCGGCCCCCUGACGACCCCGCGGGCCCAGGAGGUGCUGCAGCCCCUGCUCGUGGACGACGAGUGCGCCGCCGGCGGCGCCGCCGGCGACGAGGCGUGCAGCGUGCAGAUGCUGCAGGCGGGCGCCAGCAAGCAGGACGGCAAGGGCGCGGCCUCGAAGAGCAUCCCGGACCUGGCCGCGGCGGCCGGCGCGGCCGCGGCGCGCGCGGCUGCCGUGGCGCUGCUGCAGAGGGGUCGGGGUCGGUGGACCGCGCCACCGCGCGCAAGACCUGCGGGUCCACCGGCAGCAGGUGCUGA